AUGCCUCUCCCUGGAGCCUCCGGAUCAGACCUCUCUGAGCUUGCAACCCAUCUCCUCAAGCAAGGCCCCAACAAGGUCCUCCCCACGCCUCGCCGUGUCCGCAUCAUCUUCAAUCAGACUGUCAUCGUUGACACCACUAGCCCCGUCCUGGUCUGGGAGCACGAUUAUUACCCCCACUACUACGUUCCCGAGUCUGAGAUUAAGAAUGCCACUCUCAAGGAUGUCCAGCCUGUCAAAGGCGAGGCCGAUGCCACCGCGCGAGUUGCCGUUGCCGAGCUCACCGUCGCUGAGAGAGACGGCAUCCCAGCAAAGACGACCAACCGGGUGGUGAGAUUCGACAGCAGUUGGGGAGAGCUGGCAGGACUAGUCAGGGUGGAGUUUGCAGCAGCGGACAUCUGGCUUGAGGAAGACCUCCCCAUCUACGGCCAUCCCAAGGAUCCCUUCAAGCGUAUCGACAUCCUCCCCUCCACCCGCCCCAUCGAAGUCCGCAUCGCCGGCAAGACCGUCGCAAAGGCCUCCUUCGCAAACCACCUCCACGAGACCGGCCUCAGAGUCCGCUACUACCUGCCUCUCGGUGCCGUUGAUCCUGCCAUCCUCCGCCCCAGCAAGACAACCACAUACUGCCCGUACAAGGGAACCGCCGAGUACUACGACGUCGUCCUCGACGGUAAGGAGUACAAGGACGUGAUCUGGUAUUACAAGUCCACUAUCCACGAGAGUGCGGCUAUUGCAGGCCUCGUGUCAUUUUACAACGAGAAGGUGGAGAUCUAUCUGGAUGGCAAGCGGGUUGAGUAG